GGCUCCUCGCCAUCUGCCAGCUCCAUGGCCAGCCCUGUGGAGGCAUCCCCAGCAGACCGUGCCAGUAGGUUGGGUCCCCACCGGAGAAAGCGGACCACCUUCAGCAGAGGGCAGCUACUGGAGCUGGAACGGGUGUUUGCAGCUCGGCCCUACCCUGACAUCGGCACCCGUGAGCACUUGGCCCGGGUUACCCGCCUUCCUGAGGCCAAGAUACAGGUGUGGUUCCAGAACCGCCGGGCCAAGAGAAUCAAGAACAGGAAGUUAGGUGGUCUGAGUCCCAGACCUGAGACCCCCCAGAGCUCCUGUUCUCUUCCAGACACCCUCCAGCAGCCCUGGGAGCCCUGGAAGCCGGAUCAGCCUCCAUCCUCCACUGGCACGGCACAGUGUACCUCAACAUGUCAACAUGCCUCCUGUCCAGCUCCUAGCUUGGAUCCAGGGCAGAGCAGGGCAGGGGCUAAAGCCACUGCCUCAUGGGGACCGGCUGGGGUUUCAGGGGUCCACCCUUCUUUGGAGCGAGUUACUCCCCAGACCUCACUGGGCAGCCUGUCUGACCUCAUUUAUGCCUCGGCCAUUGUCACCAAUGUGGACCACACCUAA